CAAGACAAUUUUCCUCCCAAAGUGGUGUCAUAAUUAUUUCCCACCCAAUCUGGUCAUCUUGGACGUUAAAAAAAUCGCCUUUAACUUAGUCUUGGCGUCUUGAAACGACUUAAAAGCCAUGAGAAGGAAGAAGUGAGAGUUAAGGAUGACGAAGGGGAUGAAGUCGUCGUUCAGGAAGUUGGCCAAAAGUUACGCCAGACGUUCCCAAGAUCUAGACGACCUGUACAACUGGGACAAGGAGCCAUUUUGUGAACAUCUCCAAGACGAUGGCUCAUUUACGGACAGUAAGAAGAAGAAGGAGAGGGUGUUCUCUAACCGAGAGAAAUGUCUCCUGGGUGUGUUACUGGCCCUGCUGGUCCUCCUGAUUGCUGCCGUGGCCUACCUCCUCUACAUGCUGCUCCAGAACAUGAACAAACCAAAAGGGUUCUUCUGUUUGGAGCCUCACUGUGUGGAGGAGAGUGACAUGGUGUUGGGGAAGAUGGACCUGACAGUCGAACCCUGCAAAGAUUUCUACCAUUUCUCCUGCGGGAAGUGGCUGCAGGACCUUAUCGUAUCGCCAGGUGUCGCUAAAUACGGCAUACUGCAACGUAUAGCAGGACGCAACUAUGGUAUCUUACAAAGGGAAAUAGCAACUCCUGGACAUAUUUUUAAGGGUCAGAACUCUACAGCCAUUGCUAAAGCCAAGAUGAUAUACCAGUCAUGUCUGGACGAAGUUGCUAUAGAGGAUAAAGGCGGGAAACCACUUUUAAAGGUAAUAGAGUCCAUAGGUUCAUGGAACAUCAGUAUGGACCCGGCGGGCGGGAAGUUUGACCCUGACAAGUGGGACCUGACAGAAACUCUCAUCAACGCACACAAACUGGGACCAAACUCUCUCUUCGGCUUUGGCAUCGGCGCUGAUGACAAGGACUCCAAGACCAACAUCCUCCAGUUUGUACAAGCUGGACUCAGUUUGAAGCAUGGCCAAAUGUACACCAGCAAGAAAACUGCUGCAAAGGUUAAAACGGGCUGGUUGAACUACGUUGUGAAGCUGGCCGUCUUACUUGGAGCAAACGAGGCAGAUGCAAGACAACAACUGGAGGAUGUGUGGGAGUUUGAAACCAGACUGGCUGAGAUUGAUGAGAAGGUUCCUUCAAGAAGGGAUAUUUUUGGCAGGUACAACAAGUGGCCACUGAAAAACCUGACAGCGAUCAUGCCAUCAAUCGACGUGAACAAGUACCUGACAGACAUGUUGCUGGGACAGAAGAUCAGCCCUGACACAAAGGUGCUUGUGUACGACCCGCUGUACCUGAUGGAAAUGUCCAAAAUCGUGGCCAACACCAGCAAAGAGGUUUUAGCCAACUACAUCAUAAACCAGAUCAACCAGAAGUUUGCCCCGUACCUGUCACUCAAGUUCCGAAUCGCCAGUCUGGAACUGGAGAAGGUCGUCCAAGGGACAAGGUCAACGCCAUCCCGGAGUAUCUACUGCACGGCCGUAACUAACAAACGGGCGGGCUGGGCCAUGGGCGCCAUGUUUGCUGAUAAAGCGUUUGGGAAAGACCACUUUGACAAGGCAAAUGAAAUCAUGGACGGUAUAAAGGAACAGAUGAGACUGACGCUAGAGGAGGCAGACUGGAUGGAUAACCAGACUAAGACCAUGGCGCUGGAGAAACUCUCUGCUCUGAGGCGUAUGAUUGGCUACCCUGACUUCAUCAAGGACCCGGCAAAACUGGACAAGUACUACGAAAAGAUGGUAGUGACAGAGGGUGACUUUGUCAGUAACAUGUUACUGGUCCAGAAAUUCGACCUGGAUAGAAUUAUCGGAAGAUACGGGAAACCUGUGGACAGAUCAGAGUGGAGCAUGAAACCAGCUAAGGUGAAUGCUUACUACAGCGCAACUAAAAACUUGAUGGCUUUUCCAUCUGGUAUUCUACAAGCACCUCUGUAUGGACCAAACUUCCCAAUGGCAUUAAACUUUGGAUCAAUGGGAGCGAUUAUGGGGCACGAGUUAUCUCAUGGAUUUGACGACCACGGAAAAACUUAUGACAAGGACGGGAACCUAAGAAACUGGUGGACAGAAGAAUCUUUGAAAAACUUUAGGCAGAAAUCGCAGUGUUUGAGGAAGCAGUACUCUGAAUUCACAGUAUAUGGAGAACAUGUUGAUGGUGACAACACGAUAGGAGAGAACAUAGCCGACAACGGGGGUGUCAGACUAGCGUACAGGGCGUACGAGAAAUGGCUGGUGUCCCACAGGGAUACAAUACUGCCCGGGCUUAACAAGACUUCUCAACAGCUGUUUUUCUUAGGCUGGGCACAGACCUGGUGCACCUACUACAAAGAGGAAUAUGCGAAACACUUACUGUAUUCUGAUGUACACAGCCCAUCAAAAUACAGAGUGAACGGCCCGUUUGCUAACUUCCCUGAAUUUGCGGAGGCGUACACUUGUCCGCUGGGCACACACAUGAACCCCAAAAAGAAAUGUGUCGUCUGGGGAAAAUCCAAUCCAAGCGGGGAACACGAAGACUCGUCGCAAAAGAAGCAAGCAAAACGCGGGGGCUUCCUGGACUGGCUGGUGAUGGACGCGUACGACAAAGACAAAACAGAAGACCAACUGGAGAUGGACACAGACGACACAGAAUACUUGUUUCAUGUUCCCGUGUAGCAGUGAUAUCCCAAAAACUGUCAUCAGAUACUUGUGUGCAGCUGACCCACAUUACUAGCCUCUACCAGGCUUCAGGAGGUGGCAGGAAAGAGUAGAAAUUGCCCGAAUAAACUAGAUAUCAUGCUAAGGGAG